UUCAAAGUAUAUAAGAGCAGCCUUCAGGCAUGGAGAGACUAAGUUUUUGCUACCUCUUGAAUUUGAGAUCUGAAUUUACAGCUCAUCUCAGGAAAGAAGAUGCAUCUUGACAUGAUGAACCUGCUGUGCCUCUGUGCAAUGCUGUCCUCUCUAAGCUGUUUGGCAGACUGCAAGAUGAAUUGCAGAGAUGAAUGCUGCAUGAAUAACCUUCCUGCAAAAAUGAGAGACCUCAGAAUUGCACACUCGAAGUUCAGGAAACACUAUCAAAAGCAUGAUGACCUCUUUGAAACUACUCUACUGGAUGACAGCUUACGUAAUAUGAUUAAGACACCGUAUGGUUGCCAUGUGAUGAAUGACAUGCUGACAUUUUAUUUGAAAGAUGUGUUGCCAAAAGCGCUGACCAAAGUGAACAAUGAGCUGAAAAGUUCAGUGGAGACUGUUGGAAGCAUCUUGCAUGACUUUCAUGUCACCUUUACAAAAUGUAAGAAACACUUCCCUUGCAGUAAAAGAAUGGUCAGCGUAAAGGAGAUAAAGGAGCAAUAUGAAAAUAUGAAGGAGACUGGUGUGUACAAAGCAAUGCAUGAGUUGAACCUCUUCUUCUUUUACAUCGAAGAAUACCUCCAAAACAAGAACUCGAAUUGAGAAAUGAAUGGAAUGUUUUGUAGCUACGUGCAUAUUUUUCAAUGGAAUUUAGGGGAGCUCUAUUUUUUAAGGAUGGGCGUUAGGCAUGUUCUAUCACAAUGUAUAGACACAU